GGGGAAGCUAAUGUACUACUACUAAGCAGGCCCAGGCUGGGGGUCUCGCAUAAGACGUUAGCUAUCACCACCUUUCCAUUCUAUCGCUAUCAGAUCCCCGUCGUUGCCUCGUCAUCCUCUCACUCAUCAUGCCGCCGCACUACAAGAUAGCUGUCAUUCAGCUGUAUGUCAAACCCCUCAAACCGGCCGACAACUUCGCCCGGGCGGUGCAAUUCAUCCGCGAGGCCGCUGCCCAGGGUUGUCAUUUGGCCGUGUUGCCAGAAUUCCACUUGACGAACUGGAUUCCGACCGAUCCGAGAUUUGCCGCCUUGUGUGAUGACUGGGAGAACUACGUGCAUCGGUAUCAGGCGCUAGCCAAAGAGUGCAAUAUCUGUAUUGUACCGGGGUCCAUCGUGCGUCCUGUACCAGCAUCUCCACAAGCAACAUCGGCCUCAUCCACAGAACCCGCCAGCAAACCCACCCCAGCCUUGGAGAAUGUCGCCUUCUUCAUCUCCAACACAGGCGAGAUCCUGGGCUCCUACGUGAAAAAGAAUCUUUGGGGUCCUACCGAGCGAACGUAUCUUCGCUCCUCCGGCGACAGCCCGCACCAAGUCAUCUCAACCCCCUUGGGCCCUGUAGGCCUCCUCGUGUGCUGGGAUCUGGCCUUUCCUGAAGCCUGGAGAGAACUGGUAUCCCAGGGAGCCAAGAUCAUCAUCGUGCCAACCUUGUGGACCCGCAGCGGAGCCUCCGAGGCUGGCCAUCGUCAGAACCCAUCAGCGCCAUCCCUAUUUCUCGAUAGUAUUCUGACCGCGCGCACCUUUGAAAAUACUUGCGCGGUGGUCUUCGCCAAUGCAGGUGGGCCACCAGGCAGGAACUACUGUGGCCUUUCCCAAAUCAACAUCCCCUAUGCUGGUCCGCUGGUUCGUUUGGGCACUUCCGCCGAAGGCAUGGCCGUCGCCACUCUGGAUUUAGCGGUGCUAGAGGAAGCGGAAGCAAACUAUGCUAUCCGGAAGGAUCUAACAGACCCUUCCUGGCAUUACAGACACACCCAAAGAAUUCCUGCCGAGCCUUCGAAAGGGAAAUUAUAGAUCAGUCAACAGAUCAGAUGUAGACCUUGUUUCAACCAACUACCUAUAGAUAUUUCCUUGUGUUGGAAUGUGAGGAAUGAUGCUGGGAGCGUCAAGUGAGGAGGGUGUUUCAUAAUUCUUGGAACUAACAACAUCCCGGGCUGUGGCUACGCGCUUCAGAGGGGAGGAGAAACAAAGAAUCAGGAGAAAGAGGCGCAUAGUGCUUGUCCUGAUGGGCCUUGGUAAGGGUUGGUCUGGGCUGUAUCAUGACGAGACAUAGUGAUACCAUGUAACAGUCCCACUAGCCGAAAUUACGAACCCUUACCAUACCAGCCCUAAUAUUUGUCUAUAUGCCAUGAUGCUACCUUCGCAGCUUUCAAUCGGAUGACCCUAUCUGAUGGAGGAUAUUCUGAUCCCGAUUAGCAUCAUGACACCUGAGGCAGGUCCUUACACCGUGCACCCAUUACUUCGUUCUUCCUUUAUUGUCGUCUUCUGGACGGUUGCAAGCGUUGCUAUUCAGAGAACGGUGAUACCUUAAUUCAUGAUAGAGCAUCAAAAUCGACCAUUGUUAUUUA